CUUCCAGAUAUAACAUGGAGUUCCAGUGGAAGUGAUCUGUCAGAUGAAGAUAAAAUACGUUCUAAAUCACAGAAAGAUAAUGGACAUGGCUCUCGAAUAGAGAGAUUUUGUAAUAGGAAUAUUUUAGGUCCAGAAGAUGGGGCCAGUGAAGAUGAAUUACAAUUUAUUGACUGGGAGAUCGACAGUGACAGGGAAGAUGCUAGUGCAUGUAAUGAAUGUGAAGAUGGUGAGGAUGCUGUUGAAAUCUCAGAUUGUGCUUCUUGUGCAAGUUGUCAUUCUUUGACAAAUGAUGAGGAGCUAUCUGAGCUUCCUGAGAAAAUUUCUACAGAAAUUUUGGAGUAUUCAUCCCAUAGUGAGAAAGAAGACGACUCAGAGGAUGUCCUAUUCAUUGAUUCAGAAUCCCCUCCCAAGUACCACAUGGAAUUUGAACUGGAUACAAGGCAGAUGAUGGACAGACUGGUCAACCCACAGGUGAACUCAACAGAGCCCAUUUUGUGUACACCCCAGAAACAGACAGCCAAGCUUCCUAGGACUCCAGAAGAUUCAGCAAAGAAGAAGAAACUUUUAAGGGGUGGACUGGCAGAAAGAUUAAAUGGACUGCAAAAUCGAGAGAGAUCUGCCAUUUCUUUGUGGAGACAUCAGUGUGUUUUGUAUCAAAAGACUCUUUCAGGUAGAAAAUCUGGUAUAUUAAUUGUGAAAAUUCUAGAGCUACAUGAGGAAUGCACUAUGCAAGUUGCCAUGUGUGAGCAGUUAUCAGGCCCACCAUCCCCCACUCCUUCCCAAGAUGUGGCCCCUGGGCCAGGAACCAAUCUGAAGGUUCUCUUUACUCGGGAGACUGCAGGCUACCUUCAGGGGCAUCCCCAGGACAUCAUCCACAUUUUCCCUCCCUGGCACAAACUUAUUAUCCCAAAUGGAAGUUGUCCUGUUAUUCUGAAUACUUAUUUUUGUCAGAAAUUUGUUGCCAAAGAAGACUCAGAAACAACUUAUGAUGUGUACUGUCGGGAUACACCCCUUCCGAGAAGAAACAUCAUUUUGGCUCAGAUAUUUAGAAUUAAGGGUAUAACAGAUAAUUCACCUGAAAUCCAGGUUGUACAUAGUGGCCUGGCCACCACAAGUGCAGGUUGCACCCAUGGGCAUGAAGAGGCAAAGCAGCACCUCACAGCUGGCGCUUCCUCAAAGAAUUCUCUCCUGGAUGUGGUGGAAAGCCAGGGAGCUGCCCCAUAUUCAGAAGUGGGUGUCCGAGUGGUGGUACAGAGAGUUUACUUCCUUCCUUCCAGAGACGGCUCCAGAGGCCAGCAGCGGAGUGGCUCAGGGUAUGCCGACCAACCAGGAACUCAAGUCUGCCUUCUGGUGCAAGAUGCCUAUGGAAUCUUCGGUGAAGUGUACUUGGAGUGUGCCGUCUUGAUGGACAGAGAGUUGGAAGGGCACUCCUGCAGUCUAGCGGGCUUGAAGGUUCUACAGAAGGCCACCAGAGGAAGGACACCAGGGCUUUUCAGUUUGCUUGACACUUUGUGGCCCCCAGUGAUGCCUCUUAAAGGCUCUGCCUAUAGCCAGCUCUGCAAAGAGGUGAGAACUCACCUGCCUCCUCCUGCCUUCUGUUACAUCUUCUCAGCUCAUCCUAGUCUGGAACAUAUUGAUAUCAUUGAAGAAGACCCCAUGUCUAAGCUUUAUCAGCCUCCAGUUCUCCACUCCUUAAGAGAAAUUCUCCAGACUGACCAUCUGGGUGUCCGGUGCAGUUUCUAUGCCAGGGUGAUUUAUCAAAGACCACAGAUGAAGAGCCUGCUUCUUUUGGAGCAAAGGGAGAUAUGGCUGCUUGUGACUGACAUCACCCUGCAAAUGAAGAAUCAGAGUGGCCCCUACCUCCCCAAAACCCUGCCUGUCUGUGUAGCCCCCUCAUGUGUGCUGUGCCCGGAAAUUCUGGAAGCACUCACCAUGGCCACACCUCACAACAUCUUCUUCAGGGAUGCUCUCAGAGACCAGGGUCGGAUUGUUUGUGUUGAACGGACCGUCCUCUUACUUCAAAAACCCCAUUUAUGUGUGGCCUCUGGUGUGCACUCCUGUGAGCUGACUGGCCCAGUGACACUGGAUGAACUGGACUCCCUCACCGCUGUCAACUCCAUUUGUAGUGUGCAAGGCACUGUGGUUGGUGUGGACGAGAGUACUGCUUUCUCCUGGCCUGUAUGUGACGGGUGCGGCAACGGGCGAUUGGAACAAAGGCUGGAAGACAGAGGCGCCUUUUCCUGUGGGGAUUGUUCCCGAGUGGUCACAUCUCCCGUUCUCAAGAGGCACCUGCAGGUCUUCCUGGACUGCCCUACCAGGCCCCAGUGCAACGUGAAGGUCAAGCUGUUGCAGAGCAGUAUUUCUUCACUGCUGAGGUUUGCCGCCUGCGAGGAUGGGAGUUAUGAAGUGAAGAGUAUCCUCGGAAAGGAGGUGGGGUUGCUAAAUUGUUUUGUCCAGUCCAUAACCACCCACCCAACCAGCUGCGUUGCACUGGAAGAAAUUGAGCUUCUGCAUGCAGGAGGAACUCUGGAGCAGCGCCUGCCCUGGCCCCUGGACCUGUGAACUUUGCAAGGGUGGGGGUAGAGUGGGGGCUGUUGGGGUAGUUAUUUGUUAACUGUGGACAGAGCAAAUGCAUCUUAUGGUCUUAAAAUAAAAGUUUAAACUUUCCUGAGGCAAAUUUAAGAUGGUUUUGUAGAUUCUAAAUUAAAGUAUCUCUCCUAUUUUUUCAUUACCUUUCUGUAAAUUUAGGAAUAUGUUUCUAGAGGUCAACUCAGCCUGGCGUCUUUAUUUUCUAUUUAUCUUAGGAAGUAAUAUCAAUCUAUCUGAAAGAAUUAUGUUGUGCAGUUGUAGCUUUAAAGUAUUUAAUUUUUUUAUCAUGAUUUUCUUUGUAGUAUUUGUUUUAACCACAUGUCCCCCCACCCGCUGCCGCCAAGAAUACUCUGAAAAACUUAAACCUGCGUCCCAUAUUGUGGUAUG